GACGGUUGACAGCCACACCAUUUAGCAUUUCAGUUAUUAAAUUUCGCCGCCGUUACUACUCCGUUAUCUUGCCGUGGGCUUCAACAGUAAUCAAUUUCUCCAUUCUAUGAUAUAAGGCAAUACCCCAACUAACGGAGCUCCUGCGAGGCUGCGACAGAAGCAGAAACUCGUUCUCUUUCUCUGCAAGUACAUGGAGGUUGAAACCUGAAAAGAUUCCGGGAAACGGAAGGCUGGGUUCUGUAAUGGAGUUCUUCUGCAAGGUUUCGCUCGUUCUGUCUCUUAUUGUUUUCGUGGAAUCUAGUUGUAAUACUACAGACCGGGAGUUAAUCUCCCGAGCCUUUCACUCCGUCGCCGGAUUUGACUUGUCGCUUUUCGAAUCUGGAGAUGGGAACUGCUCGAAUCCUCCAAUUAGAGAAAUAAAGCUUCCGGGAAGAAAUCUGAGCGGACUCGUUUCAUGGAAUUUUCUUCGAAAUCUAUCCGAGUUACAGUAUAUGGAUCUAUCCUAUAAUAAACUACAAGGGACUGUUCCAGGUUGGUUCUGGUCGAUGCCGAGCCUCGUCGAAGUCAAUCUCGCCAUGAAUCGUCUUGGAGGAAAUGUUGGUCUCCGCCCCACCUCGAAAACCAGUUCGGUUUCGUCGUUGUCGUCGGUUCAGAAGCUCAAUCUCUCGCACAACAGGUUCACCAACUUGGUCCAUCUGUUGGGAUUCUCGAACCUCAAAGUACUCGACCUCUCGCACAACGAUCUGAGAGUUUUGCCUUCUGGGAUGGAGAACCUUACGAAGCUCGAACAACUCGACCUCUCAAGUUGCAACAUUUCAGGGAGUUUGGAACCCAUCGCCAAUCUUCGCUCGCUGCAGUACCUUGACAUUUCCAACAACGUCAUGAACGGAAGCUUCCCAUCUGAUUUUCCUGCACUUAAGUUCUUGAACGUCUCUGUAAACAACUUCACCGGAAUGAUUGGCUCAGACAAGUUGAAGAAAUUCGGUAAGUCUGCGUUCAUUCAAGCCGGGAAGUUUAAUACUUCAGAAACUUCAAAACUCCCAAUUCCAGCACGUUCCCAUUCCAGAGCUCCAUCUCCCAAACUCCCACAGAAACAGAAACCUACCAGAACCAAACACAUCAAACACAAUAAACCAAAAUCAAGAUCCAGAGCUCUGGUUCUGGGCUUAGCAGUUCCAGCUUCAGUGGUUGGUCUCGCCAUGGCUGUUUGCAUAGUUUGCGUGCACAGAAGGAGACAGACAGCCAAGAGGAAGAAGUGGGCGAUCUCAAAACCGGCCCAGUUCCCGUUGUUCAAGAUGGAAAAAUCGGGGCCGUUCUCCUUCGAGACUGACUCGGGGACAUGGGUGGCGGACAUUAAAGAACCGUCCUCGGCACCGGUGGUGAUGUUCGAGAAGCCGUUGAUGAACCUCACGUUCACGGAUCUGAUUGCGGCCACGUCCCACUUCGGCAAGGAAUCACAGUUGGCGGAGGGGAGAAGUGGGCCCGUUUACACAGCAGUUCUUCCCGGAGACGUCCACGUGGCAAUCAAGGUCUUGGAGAAAGCGAGAGACGUGGGCCGCGAUGAUGCAAUUGCACUAUUCGAAGAACUAUCUCGCCUUAAGCACCCCAACCUCUUGCCCCUCGCCGGUUACUGCAUCGCAGGGAAAGAGAAAUUGGUGCUGCACGAAUUCAUGGCGAACGGUGAUUUGCACCGGUGGCUGCACGAGCUUCCGACGGGACUAACCAACGUGGAAGACUGGAGCAUGGACACGUGGGAACAUCAGAACGACGGAGUAAAUGGGUACGAUAUUACAUCUCCCGAGAAGAUGGGCUGGCGGACGCGCCACCGGAUCGCCGUAGGUAUCGCACGAGKGCUCGCGUACCUGCACCACGCCGGCUCCAAGCCGGUAGUCCACGGCCAUCUCGUCCCGGCGAAUGUUCUCCUGGCCGACGACUUCGAACCGCGGAUCGCGGAUUUCGGGCUCCGAGGGAACGAAGAGAACGUGAGCACGGAAACGGAUGUGUACAGCUUCGGAGUGAUGUUGAUGGAACUCCUGACUGGGAAGCCUGGGACGGAGGAGACGGUGAGUUGGGUUCGAGGAUUGGUGAGGGAGAGACAGGGAGAUAAGGCGUUGGACCCGAGGUUGAGAAUCGGGGAUGACUCAGUGAGUGAAAUGGUGGAGAGUCUCCGAGUGGGGUACUUGUGCACGGCCGAGUCGGGCAAGAAAAGACCCACGAUGCAACAAGUCGUCGGUUUGCUGAAGGACAUACAUCCGUCGACGGAUUUGGGUUGAGUUGACGCGCCGUCCCUGUCGGCAUCUUCCGAUUUCCAAAGAAUCCAACCAUCGCGCGCGCUCUCUCUCUCUCGUUUUGUUGUUUCUUGUUAAAUAUUUUUAAUAUUUUUGUAAUAUAAAAUACCCCGAAAAGAAAAAGGUAGAAAAGGAUGAGUGGUGUGAUGUACGUCAUUUUGGGUCAAGCAGACGAGAGAAUCUCUACCAUUUGCUUA